UGGAGUGCACGUAAUUUUCCAUUUAGUGGCAGGCGAAUCGAAAACGAAAGUGGAAAUGUUGCACUGUCGCCGGUGGCUGCAUCACCUCCUCGCUCGCCCACGCCGCUCGCUCUUGGCCACCACCAGCCGGUUGUAAAGUCGAGGAAGAAACGGUGAAGUGAAGAAACCCAAACUCCAAAGCCAAAAGUUGUGAAAAGGAAAUCCGCCAAUGCGGAAGAGCCAGCCAUUGCAUCGCAUUGCAUCGCACUUGGUUCUGCCCGAUUAAGCUGUCAAAGGGCACCGGAUUUCGGAAGCCAGGGAACCCGUAUACCCGAUAAGAAGCCCUCACCAUGAUAGAACGCGAAAUUAUCCACACCACACCUGCCUCGAAGCGCAUCUUCGACGUCCUCAAGGAUGUCCUGCAAUUUGUCGAGCUGUAUGUGCGAAUCCUGCUGGAGCUGUUUGUUACCCUGGUGCAGAUUGUCCUGCCCAAGAAGCAGAAGGAUGUCAGCGGGGAGAUUGUUCUGAUAACCGGAACUGGUCACGGAAUCGGUCGGGAGUUGGCCCUUCACUAUGCUUCCUUGGGCAGCACUGUGAUUUGUGUGGACAUCGAUGGAAAAAACAAUCUGCAGACGGUGGAGAAGGCCAAGCGGCUCCAACUCGGCGACGUGUACAGCUAUAGCUGCGAUGUUUCCAAGCGCGAUGAGGUUAUGGCACUGGCGGAUCGGGUCAAGUCGGAGGUUGGAUGCAUAUCGGUGCUGGUGAAUAAUGUUGGCAUAAUGCCAACCCAUCCGAUCCUGCAGCAAUCGGCGGAGGAAAUCCAGCGGGUUUUCGACGUGAACGUGUUCUCGCAGUUCUGGACCAUCCAAGCCUUUUUGCCGCACAUGCAGGAGAAGUGUCGUGGCCACAUCAUCUGCCUGUCCUCAAUCGCCGGCUUGGUGGGCAUCUCCAACCUGGUUCCCUAUUGCGCCACAAAAUUUGCUGUUCGUGGCCUGAUGGAGGCACUGCAUGCGGAACUACGAGAGGGACCCUACAGGGAUCUGAUUCGAACCACCUCCAUCUUCCCCUAUAUGACCAACACUGGCCUCUGCAAGCAUCCCAAGGUGAAGUUCCCAUCGAUCCUGGGCCUGCUCGAUCCCAAGCAGGUGGCCAGAAGGAUCGUGGAGGCGCACCGCACCGACCUCAUGGAGGUGACCAUCCCGAGCUGCCUCCUCCACAUCAACAACUGGACGCGACUCCUGCCCGACCACUGCGGCCUGAUGCUCAAGGACUUCAUCGACAGCGGAGUGGAGUCGGAUUUGAUUUAGUUUACCUUCUAUAUGUUAGAUCAUAGAUCGAGCUACAAUGUGUUGCAGUACAAUAAACUUACUAUUGGAGUAUGUAUUAAAGUAAAA